AUGGCGAGCGGUGUUGGAAAGCAUAAACUGCUGUCUCUAGGCCCCACGGAGCCAUGGUCGGUCAGAGAAAAGCUAUGUCUCGCGUCCUCCGUCAUGAAAAGUGGAGAUCAAAACUGGGUGUCCGUCAGUAGAGCCAUUAAACCAUUCGCUGAGCCUGGACGACCCCCAGAUUGGUUCUCUCAGAAGCACUGUGCAUCACAGUACUCAGAACUUCUUGAGACAACGGAGACCCCAAAGAGGAAGCGUGGUGAGAAAGGGGAGGUGGUUGAAACUGUGGAGGACGUGAUUGUACGUCGACUGACGGCUGAGCGGAUUGAGGAGCUGAAGAGGCUAAUUAAAGAUACUCAGGAGAAACACAGGAAACUGAAGAGAGAGGCGGAGCUAAUCCAGGCUGGGCAUCUGGACUCCAAACUAGAGGAGUUAUGGGGAGAGAUUUUACAAAAGAAAAAACAGGAGGAAGAGGAGGCAGAAAAAAAGAGAAAAGCCACUGAUUCAGCCUACCAAGCCAGGCAGGCCAUGAAGAACACUCCCAAACGCCUGUCCAGUGUCACUGUGCACUCCCCCUCGGGCGGCGGCUCCCCCAGCCUGGAGUUCGAUGACUCUGCGUUGGCUUCAUCUGAGGACCCCGCCCCCCAAACCACCGUGAGUUGUUCCCCUCCACAGAGCACUCCAGGAGGACCACCGACGUUUGUGCCCCUGAAGGAACUCCCUGGGUCCGGGGUAACGGAGACAGGCCUGGGCUCUCUUUUGGAAGACUUAGCACAGAAGAAGCUGAUAGGCCAGAAAGCUACCCCUCCACCCUCUCCUCUCCUGUCGGAGCUGUUGAAGAAGGGAAGCUUCCUGGCAGCCAGCCCCAGACUGGUAGGAGAGGGAGACCCACCUUCAGGUCACAUGACGGGGAGUCAUAGCACUGAGCUCCAGCUCACACCCACUGUUAUGUCAGCCUCUCAGGCAGCCACAGGUGCUCCCACGCUGUCUCGUUUGUUGGAAGCUGGUCCCACCCAGUUUCCCUCUCAGCUGAACUCAUUGGCCAAAGCAGACCCUGUACCCAGUGCUUCCCCUUCUGCCUCUGUAGCACCUAUUACGGACACACCUGCCUCUCUCAACACAGAUGGGGAGAGCAGCCACUAUGAAUCAGCAGAAGGGAAGGGCUCGGUACUGGGAGAGGAGGACCUGGUCACUGUGUCUUACAUGGCAGAUGAGCUUGACUUUGAAACAGUGGGGGACAUUAUAGCUAUCAUAGAGGACAAGGGGGAUGAGAAUACAGAGGCUCUGGAUGCCGCUGCAGUAGAGGCAGCUCUCUCUCUCUGUGAGGAAACAGGCCACGCCCUGUCGGGCCCCUGGGAGACCAGUCCCUUUAAAUCUGCUGAGUCUAACCACUCUCCCUCAGCCACUGCUCCUCCACCCACUCUCUCCCUUCAUGGGGGCCAGAAGGGGAAAAGUGAGGGAUUGUGCAGUUCCCAUGGCAACUGUGGCGAGAUAUGCACGCCUUCCUCUGUGCCUCAGGAGUACACCCAGAACCCCAAAGGCGUCCAAGGACCAGAACCUUCUAGACCAGAUAAUCAGGGGGUGGCGCCUGAGGAAAGCCCCUCUUCCCCUCACGCCGUUAUCAAAUCUGUUCAGACCGAAGAGGAGGCCACGACAAAAAAGAACUCCAAGCAAGGGUUGAAAGAAGAGGAGGAGGAGGAGGAGGAGGAAGGUGUGAGCGAUGGUGAAGACGGCAGCGUCUCAGAGAUGAAGGAGGGGUUGGAGUGUGAGAGGAACGAGGACGGCGAAGGGGAGGAAGGUUAUCUGUCUGAAGGAGAGAGGGAAGGAGAACUGGAGCCCCCUGCCAGUGAAAGUGAAGAUGGUUAUAGCAUGCACACCGCGUCUUCCUCACUGCAGCUUCACACCACAGCUGACUCCAUUCCCAGCAGCCCUGCCUCCUCCCAGUUCUCUAUAAGUAGUGAGGACCAGGAGGCUAUUCAGGCUCAGAAGAUCUGGAAGAAAGCCAUUAUGCUGGUGUGGCGUGCGGCAGCCAAUCACAGGUAUGCCAACGUGUUCCUGCAGCCAGUGACCGAUGAUAUUGCUCCUGGAUACCACAGUAUUGUGCACAGACCCAUGGAUCUGUCCACCAUAAAGAAGAAUAUCGAGACAGGCUUGAUCCACACAACAGCAGAGUUCCAACGUGACAUCAUGCUGAUGUUUCAGAACGCUGUGAUGUAUAACAGUUCUGAUCAUGACGUGUUCCACAUGGCUCUGGAGAUGCAACGGGACGUUUUAGAACAAAUCCAGCAGUUCCUGGCCACUCAGCUCAUCAUGCAAACGUCAGAGUCAGGCAUCAGUGCCAAGAGCCUACGUGGACGGAAGCAGGACUCCAACGACAAGGAUGGGGGAACGAGGGGGCGACGCUGUGCUAUCGAAGCGGAUCUGAAGAUGAAGAAAUGA